CUCACAGAAGUAUUUCUCUCCAUGAUCAGAGAUGUAUAAAGGUCUGAUACACACUCCAUACCAGUUGGUGGCGGUAAUGCACCAAUUCGUUGUUAUACAACUGACAAUAAAAGCACAAAGAAGAAGAAGAAGAAGGAAGAAGAAGCUAAUGUUAGACAGAACCAGCACAUGUCAAUGCGAUCUAAAUGUAGAAGUCCAUUUACCGGAGAUAACUGUAAGAGAGAGAGGGAGAGGAAGAGGGCGGAGAGGCAGAGGUGUUGGAGGUGCAGUCAGGGCAAGGAGAGGCAGAGGACCUACCUAGAGUGAUGGCUCAAUAGAGGACGAAGAAAGAGUGGAAGCCCUCCAAAGGAACCCGAGGGCUGUUACCGAGACUUUUUCAAGAGAUGACCCUUGAAGAACACAGAGCUCUCCACCCUUCUGCUGGAGAGGCGGCCAGGCCUGGUCUUUGAUGCCUUAAUGAUGCAUCAACGCAGACAUGGUGCCCCACCGUCUGCCGGAGUGCCAGGAGUACCUUGGUGUACUUGUGGUAACUGUAGGGAAAUGCUGUGGCCAGGAGCAAGUGAACGUCUCGGGUUACGUAUGUAACCCUUGUUCCCCCGAGAAGGGGAACGAGACACUGCGUCGGUGAUGACACUAUGGGAACGCCUCUGGGCCGUAGAGCGACGGACUUAGCUCUCCGUGUGACCAAGGAAAUGGCUUGUUCCAUCGGCCGAUCCAUGGCGGCUUUGGUGGUUACGGAGCGCCAUCUGUGGCUCAACCUCUCAAGCAUCCAGGGGAAGGAGAGGGCUUUUCUCCUGGAUGCGCCCCUCUUGCCUACUGGCCUGUUUGGCGAAGCAGUGGAUGCUGUCGUCAACAGGUUCCGGCACGCCAAAACUCAGGGAGAGGCAUUUGAGCGAUAUCUCCCCUGCCGGUCAGGACCGCGACGGCUCAGGAAAGGCGGACGCAGCUUUCGUCCAGCACCUACCGCCCCAGCCAGAAGCAGAACGUCGCUUCACGGGAUCCCCCUCAACCAACCUGGGAUGCAAGAUGGCGCUCUCAGCGUCAUUCAGUCUCGGCGGGCCUGGGUGAAGAGGUCUUCGAGUAGGGGGACCCACCACCACGACUGGGCUCACAAACUGUGGUUCACCGGCGAGCUUUCCCUGGCCGUCCUCCACUUCAGGGCGCCACUGGGGAUUCCCGCGGGACACCGGCCACCAGCCCUGAGGGGCAGGUCCCCUUGGCGAAUUUCGCGGAAGCUUGGUGAAGCCUUGCAAACAUUUCCCCGUGGGUCCUGCGCACAGGUCAUUGACGUACACGUUUUAAUCAAUAAAUCAUUUUGAUAA